UAUUAUUUUUGUAAAGAAGUGAGUACAUUGUAAUGUCAGCACGUCUGCACAGUGCCAAGAAGGUCAAAGUCUUAAUUUUGUCGUAAUAUGAACGUGUCAUCUAAAAGCAUGGCAGGCAGUGGAAAAAGUCUUAAACAAGAAGAGGACUUGGACUUAACAGAAUCAAGUACGAUUUCAAGCGAUGAUGAAAGAUGGUAUAAACCUGGGAUGGGGAAAAGAAUAUCUAUAUCAAGUCCGAGCCAAGAUCAAGGCCGUAAAAGGUUGAGUGGGAGUCAAGAUGAAGGCUGCCAAGUCUUUGAUGGAAAGGCGACUGAGUCAAGUCCAACACCUAAAAAGCACAAGUUUAAAGUAAUGACAGAGUCAACUCAAACAGACAAAUCAGAUUAUGAAGUAAAACACAAUAUUCAGAAGAUGCUUAAAGUCCAUCUCAGGAGCAAGUUGUCUUUCCUCCAUGAAAGUACAUCAACAAGCGAAUCUGAGUUGAAGGACAUAUCUACAAGUCUUUACAUCACUCAGCAGACUGAGGACGGCUCUGGUUCACAUGAGAUCCUUGAUCACUUCAAGCAUCCAGAGAAACUGCCACAAUUUUCACUUAGUCCUCAGAUUGACUGUCGUGAUAUCUUCAAACCAGGACGAGUCACCCGACAGCUCCGUGGAAAAAAGGCGCCAAUCAGAUGUGUAAUGACAAAAGGAAUUGCGGGUAUUGGAAAGACAUUUGCUGUCCAGAACUUUUCCCUAGACUGGGCAGAAGAAAAGUCCAACCAGCACAUAGAUUUAGUUUUUGUGCUGUACUUUAGAGAGCUGAACAUGCUUCAAGAGGACCACUGCAGCCUUCUGAAUCUUCUACUUCUUUUUUACCCUGAUCUGGAACUAGAAGAACACACAGAGGUACUUUUUAAGAAGAAUGUGUUGUUCAUCCUUGAUGGUUUGGAUGAAAGUCGAUUUCCAUUGGAAUUUGAAGGGAGCAAGACAGUAAGUGACGUUGAGCAGAUAUCCACGGUGGACGUGCUGCUGAUAAACAUCAUCAACGGAAACCUGCUGCCAAACUCUCUGAUCUGGAUAACUUCUCGACCAGCAGCAGCCAGUCAGAUACCUUUGGAAUAUGUUGAUCAGAUGACAGAAGUGCGAGGGUUCACUCAGGAGCAGAAGGAGGAAUACUUCAGAAGGGCAUUCAGAGGAGAUGACAAAGCUGAAGAAGUCAUAGCGUGUCUCCGAGGGAUGAUUAGCUUCCAUUUCUUGGGUCAUAUACCCAUCUUCUGUUGGAUCGCUGCUGAAGUGUUUAAGAAUAGAUGGAGCAUCCUGAAGAGUCGAACUGCAACUAUGACGGAGUUGUACAUUUAUUAUCUACGAGAUCAAAUAGAAAAGACAACAAACAAGUACGAGAAAUGCAUUUUUCAGGAAAACAUUAAGUCACAGAUUGAUGCCAUGCCUUUGAAUCUAUCCAAACUGGCAUUCGACCAGCUGGUGAAAUGCAAUGUGCUGUUUUAUGAAGAGGACCUCAGAAAAUGUUUCAUCCAUGUUGACAAAGAUUCAGGGUUUUGUGGUUUUUGCUCAGAAAUCCUGAAGGAAGAAUUCGGGCUGGACAAGAAGAAGAUUUUCAGUUUUGUGCACCAAAGCUUCCAGGAGUUUCUUGCUGCUUUUUACUUGUUUCGCUGCUGCGUGACAAAGAAUGCCAGUGUGUUGAAGUCCUUCCUGGCUGAAGACCCCGUGGGGCUGAGCUUCAUGGACUUGCUGGAGAGUGUUGUGAACAAAGCCUUGCGGACUGAGAACGGCCAGCUGGACCUCUUUCUAUGUUUCUUCCUGGGCUUCUCCUUGGAGUCAAACCAGAAAAUGCUGGCAGGUUUACUACCACAGAUCAAGAAUAGCUCAAAGACUGUUGAGCGGAUGAGGAGGUACCUUCACAAAUUUAAUUCAGGAAAUGUCCCACUGGAACGAUGCAUGAAUCUUUUACUCUGCAAGUAUGAGUUGAAACAAAAGAAGUUUCAGGAUGAUGUCAGCGUGAUUCUCCAAUCAGGGAUGAGGCUCUCACACAUUGCCUGCUCAGUGAUGUCCACCAUGCUGCAGAUUACAGGGGAACUGAUUGAAGAAUUUGAUCUGACCAAAUGCAGAAUACCAUUUAAUGAGUCUCUGAAGCUUUUCCCACUACUGAGGAACUCCAUCCGGGCACUACUCAGGGGUGAGCAUUUACACGACGGGGGCCUUGACGUGCUCCUCUCCAUUCUUCAGUCAGCGGACUCGUCUCUGACGGAGCUGAGUCUGUUGUGUUUUUCAGAUGCCAACAUUCCGCCUCCUCAUAUGCUCUUUUCUGUCCUGGGUGCUCCUGACUGUAAGCUUGAGAUACUGAGGUUGUCUGGAUUUUCUCUACGGUUUUUUCACUGUCACACACUGGCCACAAUUCUUCAUUUAAGACAUUCGUCCCUGCGUGUAUUGGACUUAACCUACUGUAUAUACAGUUACCCAAACGUUCACAGUCGAUAUUAUUCUAAAGAGAUGACAAAGGGGACGUAUAUCGACAUCAGUGACAACCUGAGCCUGUUGACUGUUAUUCCGUCAGCUUUGAUUGGUCCAACCUGUAAACUGAAAGAAUUAAGGAUGACUGGUUGUCUCCUGAAAAGUAAAUGCUGCCAAGUGUUUGCCAGCAUUCUCAGCUCAGAUUCCCAGCUGAGAGAGCUUGACCUGAGUAACAAUGACCUGCAGGAUUUAGGAAUCCGGCUGCUCUCUGCUGGACUGGAAAGUUCUAAAUGUAGGCUGGAGAUACUGAGACUGUCAGGUUGUGGAAUCACAAAAGAAGGCUGUGUCUUUCUGGAAUUGGCUCUGAGAUCCAACCCCACCCAUCUGAGAGAGCUAGACCUCAGCUACAAUCACCCAGGAGAGUCUGGAGCGAAGCUGCUUACUGACAGACUGAAGAAUCAAGAUUGUCAGCUGGAAAAACUCAAUGUGGACCACGAUGAAGAUCACUGGGUGAACCCACAGCUUCUGAAUAAGUAUGCCUGUGAGCUCACGUUGGACCCCAACACAGUGAAUGAAAAUCUACUGCUGAUGGACGACAACAGAAAAGUGCAAGUGACAGAAGAAAAACAGCCAUAUCCAGAUCACCCUGAGAGAUUUGAUCAUAAGAAGCAGGUGUUGUGUCAUGAGGGUCUGACAGGGCGAGCCUACUGGGAGGUGGAAUUUGAUGGAUUGGUGAAUAUCGGUGUGGCAUACAAGAGCAUUCAAAGGAAAGAAGGUGUAGACCCUGGAUUCACCGACAAAAUAUGCUCUCUUACUAUUCACACAUCCAGUGGCUGCUCCAUCUUUCAUGGACAAAGAGAGACUUUUAUACCAAUCCCAGUCGUUGAAGUCCAAGGAUUCUGGGAGAACCCAAAGAGAGUCGGAGUGUAUGUGGACUUCUCAGGAGGAAUUCUGGCUUUCUAUUGGUUGUCAGGUGACACAAAAACUCUGCUUCAUACCAUUCACACCACUUUCACUGAGCUCCUCCACCCUGCAUUCACCAUUUUUGAUGGGUCAUUAACCCUGUGCACUGUAGCCAAGCUGGAAAUGGAUAAUGUUCAGACGUGCUUCACACCUGAAGUGAUAACUGAAAAAAACAGCAUUUCAUACAGGUUCAAGUUCCCGGGGUCAGGCGUGUUCCGGUGCUGUUUGACGGGUCUGGUGUUUAAUGUGGUUCAGGAGAGUGAGGUCAGGUAUCAGACUAUCAUAUGGGACGAGGCACUUCUCCACACAGCUCAGAAGACAGCUGCAGGACCACUCUUCAGCAUCCAGUGUACUGAUGAUGCUCUCCGUGAACUCCACCUGCCGCACUGUGAACCUGCUCGCGAGCAGCUGUCUGAUUGCCUCUCCGUUGUCCACAUUGCUGAUGGUGGUAUGAGCAUCAUCACACCGCAGGAGGUCACAGACACCCAUGUGAUUGUGGCCGUCUCUCACCUCUCUGGCUUUGGUGUCGUAUUGGAUCUUGCUUGGAAGUUUGUGACUUUCUUGGUAACACCAAAACGUUGCCAAGUCCUGCUGUUUCUGAAACAACCGGACAGGAAGCAGCGGCAAUUCCUAAAUGUGCAUCUGCUACCAGCCAACGUCCCGGUGCACGAGGUCAAAGCGCAACAAGAAGACGCCAAGUUCAUUCAGGCUCCAUCCGACUGUCGUCUGAACGUUGACCACAGUUACCGUCUCGCCAGUCGCACUGAGGAAAAUGAAAUACAACCACAUAGUGCACAGUUUUUUGCAAAUUAUGGACCAAAUUACCACCCAACCUUUGAGAUGAUCUUGAAUACGAGCACAGAAGAAGUGCAUCUGAUGAUCCAAGAUGAGAAGGAGGAAACAGUGUGGGAGCACAGAGUUAGUCUGACCGUUUUGUCUUCAGGCACUGUUGCAGAGGACGAUGUGGCGACGAACAGGAACAUCUCACCAGAGAAGCUGCUGUGUGCUCGCAAACGCUUCGUGGGACGAGUGUCCGAUCCAGUUCUAAACGAGCUGCUGGACGGACUUCUGGAUCGCAGGGUGAUAACCGACGAGGAGUACGACACGACCCGAUUCAAACGCAGGGUGGACAAAGCCCGAGAUAUAAUUGACAUGGUGCGAGGGAAAGGCAAGAAAGCCAGUUUGUACAUGAUUGAACUGUUGUCCCAGAUGGAUCCGUAUCUUUGCAAAGAUCUCAACUUUAGUUGAUGCAGAACCGCUGCAGUGGAUUAAAGUAUCUGUCAGUGUGGCAAGAAACUUGGUCACCAGCAUUUAAGUUGAAGCCUAUCUGGCUGGGCAAUUAACCCCAAAUGUAUCGAAAACCGACAGAACCUCAGUGAAUUUGGUUCGUACUUUAGGGCUUUUUGUAGAUGUCAUCAGCCGUCUGCAGAUUUUUAUGGCUGUUGACAUGAAAAAGUCAGACUUUUUUAUUUUGUGCUGAUAAACAAUGAGAUCUUUUAUUUUUGUACAUCUUUUGUAUGUUUUUAGGGUAUGUAGUAAACUCUAUUUUGCAAAUGUUCCUAACUUCAUUCACAAUUUAAAACUAGCUAAAGUACUUAAUGUUGGGAGGAAAAAUGUUGAUUAGAUGUUUUAUUUCUUGGGUGCCUCCAACUGCACAGGUUUUAUACCAGAUGCCCUUCCUGGUGCAUUGUGCUUGAAUGUAAAAUACAGCAAAAAUAAAAGAAAAAGAUGUUGACUGGAUUCUGCAGAGUCCAAUAUCUACAACAAGAUGUGCUGCACAAAAAUGAUCUGCAAGAAAUGCAGCAAACACCUGCGAGUACAAACAUGUUAUCUCAGAUUUGUCAGUAAAAACAUGAAUUCUUUUCUAUUCAAGUGCACUAUUGCUGAUCUGUGUGUGUGGAUUCAGGUACAUGGGUCUGAAGCUCAUAUGUCAUUUUGUGUCCCAAAAAGAGGAAGACGAGACAAAAAUAAGUGCUGGCACAGAGCGAAAAACAAAGUGCAAAUAUGACAAGAUUUCAAAAUAAUUGCUGAAGUGUGAAUGAUUAACCCAUGGAAAAAAUAAUGAAUGAAUCAAAACUUAACUGCUUUUGCUGUAGUUUAAUUAUUUUGAUUAAAAACUGUACAUAUAUAUACUUGCAAAUUUUAUAUAAUAGCGUGCACAAAGACAACAAGGGCUACAGCAAUCAGCAUUUGACCCCCUUGACCUUGACCUUCACCCCAAAAAUUUGACCUUGCCUGUGUGCUAUGUUUCGUAGUCGUUUUAGGCCUUAACCUCCAGGGUUGUUGACCUCCCAAUAAUCCCCCCAAAAAUUGUAACAAUAUAUAAAUAUACGCGUGGCUGGGCGAGCAGACGUGCAUAUAUACAGUGCCUGUGCUUAAACAAAUUCAUAAUUUUUUUUCAUCAUUUGAAGUGCACGUAAACAUAAACAGAUGAGAUCUGAUUACUCCAAAUGAUCAGAUUAUUAUGAUCAUGUAAACAUGCCCAGUACUACUUUUGAUUUAUCACUUCAUUAUUUACUUUAAACUAUGCAUUUAAAAACUCAACCUUGUAAUGAACUAUUAAAUCCAGGUUGUUUUGCGGUUUUCCGACAGAUGGAUGUGUUGUCGGAAUUUGCAGCAGCCAUGUUUUCAAAUUAAAUGUUUACAUGUGCAGUUGGUUAUAUUUGUGUUCUGUGUGUUCACACGUAUUUUCUCCCAAAUUGUAAGACACUUUUUGGUGCAACAACCUUAUCUUUUAUUGAUGACAGCAUUUUUUUGUUGUUGUUGUUGUUUUUUUUGUAUUUGUAUAUGUGGCCCCUAUCAGCCACCAUUCUACUAUAUUAACACUUAGAAUUGUUUUAAAAGAGCUGAAGGAGCAUUUUAUGAACCUGUCAAAUAUACUGAAAGUUGAUAUUGACUCUUGAAUUAUUUGAGUUAAAUGGUUUGAUGUCGUCGUUCUCUCAAGACUUUUGUUUUACAGUGCAUGUGUACCUCAUCAUAAAGGAAAUUCUAACAUGCAAAUCCCACCAUUGUGUUUGCCUAUUCAGAUAAGAGAAAGAAACUGAGCCAGACAUGCAAACCGCAGUGGAAGUGUACUGCAUGACUUUACUUCCUUUCCUGGUUAUAAACAAAAGCACUGAACCUUCAGUUAGUUUAGCUUUUAAAACGCAUGUUGAGGUUUGAAAAUGCAUGACAUUUAAGGUGAUUGUCUCCUCCUCCCCAGUUGUUUUGAACAUCUUCCAGCAGACAAAUAAUUUUGCCAUGAACAC